AUGAGCAAGUUACUUCGUAAAGCAUGCAAAGAAGCAAAUGAAGGCAAUAAGAACAAAGUGAGACAUAUUGGUAACAAAUUUCUCAAUGCUGUCGAAAUAAGUGCACAAGAGGCUGUCUACUUAGUAAUGCAAAUACCUUUGAGACGAUUAUCUCGAGACUCCCAAUUUAUCAAUACAUCUGAUCCAGAUGAAAGAACAUUCUUAUUAAAAAGCAUUGAUAAAAUUAAAGAACUCCCUGAUAAUUCUGCUGAUAUUGAAUCAGAUAACAUUAUUAAAAGAUACCAGAGAAGACCAAAGAAAUUGGAAAAUUUAUGUCUGGGGGAUUUUGUCGCUUGGUUCAAUUGUAAAAUAAACAGUAAUCAACAAAGCAAACACAAAUCAAAUUCAACAUUAAUAGAUGACUAUCUUUUAGAGAGUAAUUUCGAUGAUAAUGUAGAUGAUGAUCUUUCUGAUAAAGAACAGGAAAAAAAUGAAAAUGACCAAUAUGAAAUGAAAGGUGGACUAUCGCUGGUGAAAAGGCAAAAGCCAAGAAUAAUAUGGUCUGUUAGAUUUAAUAAAAACAAAGAUGCAGAAAAUUAUUGUAGAGAACAGAUAAUGCUUUACACUGCUUGGAGGAAUGAAAAUACAGAUCUUUUGAAGGACUUGAAAAAUUACCAAGACCAAUAUGAAAUUGUCAAAGAUGUGAUAGAACAAAACAGAAAACAAUAUGAGAAUCACACCAAAGUUCUUGAUCAGGCCGUACAAGAUAUUGAAAGUGAAAAUAAUUUAGUCACUCCAAAUACACAGUAUAGAGAUGAACAAGACAGAGAAAUUGGCCCGAAAGCAAGUGAAUUAUUCGGAUGCUUUGAUCUUGGAAAAAAUAAACAACAUGCCCAGUAG